CUUUUCACCGCCGCACCACACGAGGUGCCCGCACAUUCCGGUCCCCCAGGCGGCCGCUUCCGGGUGGCGCCGGUGGCGCGGCUGUCGCUGUCGCCUGUCGCGACAGGGAGGCGGCCCGGCCGUGUCGGGGGUCGCCGGUCGCUGUCGCGAUGAGGGCGGGGACGGUGCUGCGGCUCUGCUCUCGCCCGGGGCUCCGGUACCGGCAGGGGCAGCGGCCGGGGCCUGGAACCCGCGAGUAUUUUUAUUACGUGGAUCACCAGGGGCAGCUUUUCCUGGACGACACCAAAGUCAAGAACUUCAUCACCUGCUUCAAAGGUACCUCCCUAAUUAGGGUCCCCUUGUUAAUUGGGAUCCGAUUACUAAUAAGGAUUCGGUCAUUAAUUGGGAUUUCAGCCUUAAUUAAGAUUUAAUCCUUAAUUAGGGAGGGUUGAGCCUUGGGAAAGGCGGGACCCCCUAAUUUGAAUAUUAAUCCCCCAUUAAUUAAUCAUUCCCUCGUUAAUUAAUCACUCCCUCGUUCAUUAAAUUCCCUAAUUAUUAGAUUCCCUAAUUAACUAAGAAAUUCCAUAAUUAAUGAAGACAAUCCCUAAUUAAUUCAUUCAUUAAUCCAUUUUUAAUUAAUUAAUUUUAGGAAGCAUUUCCCCUUCCCAGUUCCUCUUUUCCCUCAUCCCAAAUCCCUCAAAUUCCCAGAAAAUCCCAUAAAACUCAUUCCCACAUUGACACAAUUCCCUAAUUAUUGAACUCCCUAUCUAAUUAAAAAAUUCCUUGAUUAAUUAAGAAAACCCCUCAUUAAUUAAGAAAUCGGUUUCCAAUAAAAAAUUUAAUUUUAGGAAGCAUUUCCCCGUCCCAAUUCCUCUUUUCCCUCAUCCCAAAUCCUUCAAAUUCCCAGAAAAUCCCAAAAAACUC